GGAGGCAGUCGGGCUGAGACGCCCGCUGCUUCGUCUCUCGGAUGGAGGGCAUCGAGCUUGAGCUCAGAACAGAGGGGACGGAGGAAGACGGGACAGGUAGAGAGAGCUACGGGAAAAAAGAUGGGAAUCUGCAGUACCACAGAGAGUGCCGUGAGAAUGGGGAGAAGAUGCCCUUCCAUCAUGUGACGGCAGGGCUGCUGUAUAAAGGCAACUUUCUGAGCCGUUCUCUGUCUGAACACAGCGAGAGCGACCAGCUCGCUAGCAUUUCCGUGGAAGAACUGGGUGAGAUCCGUGAGGCUUUCAGGGUGUUGGAUCGUGAUGGGAAUGGCUUCAUUUCUAAGCAGGAGCUGGGCAUGGCUAUGCGCUCCCUCGGGUACAUGCCCAGUGAAGUGGAGCUGGCCAUCAUCAUGCAAAGACUUGACAUGGAUGGAGACGGACAGGUGGAUUUUGACGAAUUCAUGACAAUACUGGGCCCCAAGCUCCUGUCCUCAGAAACACGGGAAGGCUUCCUUGGACAGACAAUAGACAGCAUAUUUUGGCAGUUCGAUAUGCAACGAAUAACACUGGAGGAACUCAAGCACAUCCUGUUUCAUGCCUUCCGGGAUCACCUCACAAUGAAGGACAUCGAAAACAUCAUCAUUAAUGAGGAAGAGAGUCUGAAUGAGAAUUCAGGAAACUGCCAGAGAGAGUUUGAAGGAGUUCACCCCAAAAAGAAGAACCGGCAGACGUGUGUGCGAAAGAGCCUGAUCUGCGCCUUCGCCAUGGCCUUCAUCAUCAGCGUCAUGCUCAUCGCGGCCAAUCAGAUGCUGCGCAACGGCAUGGAGUAACGGUGCCACUGUGAGCAGGGACGUGUGGGCGGAACCUGCAUGUGCAUGACCGCCCGUGACGUCAUUCCCUCCUGCCUACGAAUAAACGGAAAGCCUUGAGCCUGCGAUACAUUUACAUACAUCUACUAAAACCAAACACCUUACCAAGAGAACCGAGGAGGCUUUUUAUUCUGCUGUUGCUUCAGAAGAGAGUCUCACUUCAACUUACUGGCAGGGACUAUAAAGGGCUGACUUUUUGCUUUUCUUUUCUUUUCCCUUUCAUUCCACUUUUGUUUCAUGAAUGCAAUAAGGUACAGAAACCUGAAAGCAUCUUUCCAGCUUAGUGUUUUCUCCUCAAAUUUUUAGCAGGGAUUCAUUGAUGAGCUGCUUCCAGGCGCUGAUGUGCUGGCAAAUGAGAUUUGUUAUGAAGACGUCAGUUCAAGUCAAUGAUUUUGGGAGCUUUGAGAAUCAGAAAGAGACCACUUGCACUUGCGGUGUUACUGACAUGAGCCUAACAGUUUUAGUCUCAUUUUUAGUUGUGUUUAGUUUUUUCCACGACCAGUAGAGGCUUCUUGAUAAAAAAAACCUCGAGAUUGUUAAUAGUGUUUAGGAUUGUAUCUAGGAUUGUGAC